AAUUAAAUCCACGUUUAAAAACCCCUAUUGCCAGGACAGAGAUAAGCCCGACUCAAACUAGCCCAUGAUUAGUCAAUGGAUUGAUUGGGUGCCUCAACAUGGGCCGCACCAAGUUCUGGGGUUAUGUGACCGAAUCCGCCAUGUGGUUUGGCAUGACCGGGUCACUUUGGGUUCUGCAUCUUGGAGUGAGCUCGCUCAGAGUGUCCUUCUAUCCGGACUCUUUAUCUUUGGCCCCUGAGACCACGACCUGGCCAAUAGUAGGGUCGUCGAGGAUUGCUCAAAGUGUGGUCGGGGUCACGGUGGGCUUACCUUUGGUCUGGAUCACAUUUUGGUCUCUCUUUGAAUGUGUUCGCCUGCGUCAAAAAGUGGCUUCGUUGACGGCGAGGUUGCGGCGGAACGAAAAGACCAAAAGCAUGGCUGAGAUUGAAACCUUCGUAAAACGCGCUCAACAAGCCGAGGUUGAAGUGGAGAAACUCUUUGAGGAGCUGGAGAUUCUUCAGAGGAUGGAUCUGGCGGCCAAGGCUAAAGUCCCGGAGGAGCUCGAAAAGCUUCGGCAAGAAAACGCCAAACUCAAAUAUCGAUUGGGGAUCUUGAAACGAGCCACGGCCAAUGCUGAACAAAUGGGUGACUGUGCUAAAACGCCCAAAAUCCAAGCAGAUGCCCCACCCAAGGACAGGAUGAAAAGCAUCUUGAACACCUUAAUUGGACUCUUCAAAGUGGCCACCAGUCAGGCCUUUCCCGCCAUUGUCGACCCUCCUUGUCCCGUGUCGGUUUCAACCAAGGGCGGAGACUACCAAUUCAAUGGGGCUCUCCCCAUUGUGGGCCUCUUGAAGGCACAGGGGGUGAAAAUGGCGCCCCGAGAGAUUGCUAACCAGAUCGUGGCCCAACUGCCAGAGGUGAAAAACAAACUGGUUGACAAGGUGGAAGUGGCUGGGCCCGGAUUUGUGAACAUUUACCUGAAACGAAGUUUUAUCGAGGAGCAAGUGAAUCACAUUCUGAAGUUCGGAGUCCGCCCACCUCAAAACCCGGACGGCCGAAAACGGGUCGUGGUCGAUUUCUCAUCGCCGAAUGUGGCCAAAGAAAUGCAUGUGGGUCAUCUGAGGUCCACCAUCAUUGGCGACUCAACGGCGAAUUUGAUGGAUUUCUUGGGCCACGAUGUCCUGCGGCUCAAUCACAUCGGCGAUUGGGGGACCCAGUUCGGGAUGCUCAUUGCUCACUUGAAGGACCGAUUCCCGGAUUUCGUGACUAACUCGCCGCCCAUUGGCGAUCUUCAGGCCUUCUACAAGGAGUCGAAGAAGCGUUUCGAUGAAGAUCCGGAAUUCAAAAAACGCGCUUAUGAGGCUGUCGUGAAGCUGCAGUCCCACGAUGAAGUCCACCUCAAAGGUUGGAACCAGAUCUGUGACGUGUCCAGGGAGGAGUUCCAAAAGGUGUAUGCCCGAUUGAAUGUCAAGAAUCUACAGGAACGCGGCGAGUCCUUCUACCAAGACCGCAUGAAUGAUAUCGUCAAGUUCUUAACCGACAAAUCCCUUCUGGAGGAAGACGACGGCCGGAAGAUUAUGUUCGGCAACUCUUGUCCGCUCCCUCUGACGGUGGUCAAAUCAGACGGCGGUUACACCUACGAUACCUCGGACAUGGCCGCACUCUAUCAACGCAUCAACGAGGAAAAGGCGGAUUGGAUCAUCUACUUGACCGACGCCGGCCAGGCCACCCAUUUUCAGGCCAUUUUCGAUUGUGCUCGAAAAGCCGGUAUCCUCACUCCCCAAACUCGCGUGGAUCACGUGGGCUUCGGCGUGGUUUUAGGCGAGGACAAGAAGAAAUUCAAGACGCGCUCCGGUGAAACGGUUCGAUUGGUGGAUCUGCUGGACGAGGGUCUCAAACGCGCACUCGACAAGUUGACCGAGAAGGAGCGCGAAAAAAGUCUGACGCCCGAGGAGCUUCGCCUGGCCCAGAACUCGAUUGCAUACGGUUGCAUCAAGUAUGCGGAUCUGUCACACAACCGCAACCACGAGUACGUGUUCUCCUUCGACAAGAUGCUCGAGGACAAGGGGAACACGGCUGUGUACAUGCUUUAUGCAUACACGCGGAUCUGCUCCAUCGGGCGAGCCGCCAAUCUAAGUGCCCAAGAUGUGGCUCAGGCUCGCUCUACGGAAACGGUCUCCUUGGAACACGAGAAGGAGCUCAAGUUGGGCAAGCUGCUGACCCGCUUUCCCGAGAUCAUCUUAAAGAUUGCCGAUGAGCUGUUCUUGCACACGUUGUGCGAGUUCAUGUACGAAGUGGCCACGACCUUCACCGAGUUCUACGAUGCUUGCUAUUGCGUGGAAAAAGACAAAGCCACCGGUCAGGUGGUCAAAGUGAACAUGGGACGAAUUAUGCUCUGCGACGCCACCGCUCAAAUCCUGGCCAAGUGUUUUGAGAUCCUCGGUCUUCAGCCCGUUCAGAAGAUGUGAAAACGGGGACACAAAUUCAAAUGAUCCACAAUAAAGGUGAAAUAUCCCAGUAA